AUGGACUCCCUAGGCCUGCCACAGUCAUCUGACUCAAAGAACAACAUAGAGCAAGGCCAAGAUGAGCAAAAAGAAGAGAAAAUCAGAGAUCUUAAGGCAAGCCCAGCACACUCCACUCUGGCUUUGGUGGAGCCAGGCUCAAAGGACACAGACCCCUGGGACCUCCCUGAGCUAAAAGACACUGGGGUCCCAUGGUCAGAUCUAGAUACCAAGGGUAAAGUGCUGAGGGUGCUGGUGUCAAUUGUAAAGUUCAUCGCCCUGCUGGGCCUCCUCUACGUGUUCAUCUGUUCCCUCGACAUCCUCAGCUCAGCCUUUCAGCUAGUUGGAGGCAGAGCAGCAGGCGAUAUCUUUCAGGACAACUCGAUUUUGUCUAAUCCGCUGGCUGGUUUGGUCAUCGGGGUCCUUGUCACUCUGCUUGUACAAAGCUCAUCCACCUCUUCCUCUAUAGUCGUCAGCAUGGUCUCGUCAGGGAUCCUAAAAGUCCAGGUAGCUGUUCCCAUCAUCAUGGGCACCAACAUUGGCACCUCGGUCACAAACACAUUAGUUGCCAUGACGCAAGCUGGUGACCGCAGCACCUUCCGCAGGGCUUUUGCAGGGGCUACCGUGCACGACUUCUUUAACUGGCUCUCUGUGCUGGUGCUGCUGCCUCUGGAAGUAGCCUCUGGUUACUUGUACGUUGUGACCAAACUCAUCAUCGACUCCUUUCAGAUCCAGAGUGGAGAAGCACCCGACCUAUUAAACGUGAUUACUGAUGUCUUAACUGAAGCUAUCAUACAGCUGGAUGAGUCUGUUAUUAGUGGACUUGCCACUGGAGACCCAGAUGCCCAAAACAAAAGUAUGAUCAAGAAGUGGUGUAAAACCUACAGCAACACAACCUUACAGAAUGUCACAGUUCCCGGUCCGGAGAACUGCACCUCUCCGUCUCUCUGCUGGAUCGAUGGCAACAUUACUGUCACUCUAAAGAAUGUGUCCGAAACAUACAACAUUCAGAAAUGUAAUCACAUCUUUGUGAACGUGAACCUGUCUGAUCUGGCUGUGGGUCUCAUCUUGCUGGCGCUCUCUCUGCUGGUUCUGUGUUCCUGUCUAGUCUGCAUUGUUAAAUUGCUUAACUCUAUGCUGAAGGGCCAAGUGGCUGCAGUCAUUAAGAAAAUCCUCAACACUGAUUUCCCCUUUCCAUUCGGCUGGGUCACAGGAUACAUCGCCAUUGUAGUUGGAGCUGGAAUGACUUUCAUUGUGCAGAGCAGUUCUGUGUUCACAUCAGCCAUUACUCCACUAGUUGGUAUUGGUGUCAUCAGCAUAGAGAGGGCAUAUCCACUAUCUUUGGGCUCAAACAUCGGCACCACCACCACUGCCAUUCUGGCAGCCAUGGCCAGCCCUGGAGACAGACUGGCUAAUGCUCUACAGAUUGCCCUUGUGCACUUCCUGUUCAACAUCUCUGGAAUCAUUUUAUGGUAUCCAAUCCCCUUCACUCGAAUACCCAUCCGACUGGCCAAGGGUCUGGGGAACGUCACUGCCAACUACCGCUGGUUUGCCGCAGUAUACAUCAUCUGCUGCUUUUUCCUGUUACCACUCUUUAUAUUCAGCCUGUCGCUUGCUGGUUGGAAGGUCCUUGUUGGUGUGGGCGUACCUUUAGUUGUCAUGUUUAUCAUGGUCUUGGUGAUCAAUGCACUGCAGAAAAGGAAACCUGGAUGGCUGCCUUCCGGACUGCGAUCCUGGGACUUCCUCCCUCUCUGGGCCCACUCUCUGGAUCCCUGGGAUAAAUUGGUUGGAGUGUUUAUAGCCAAAUGCUGCUGCUGCUGCAAAUGCUGCCAAAUUUCAAAUGAUAGUCAGGAACAUGACGAGCAAGAAUCUGAUGAACAUUGUACAGAAAUACAUAAAGAGGUGUAUGACAACCCAAUGAUGUCUGUAGAGAAAGUCGUAGAGAAUGAAACAAGGAUAGAACUAGAUAUUAUAAAACAAACACAACUUUGAGGGUUUAUAUUUAUUGUAUUUGUGUGUUUGUGUGUAUGGUUUAUAGUGGCCAUGGCACACAAACUUAAAGAAAUCUAUCUAUAUUUAUAUGAUUAAGUGAAGUUGGCAUGUUUUUAUGAUGAGAAAUAACAAUGAACAC